AUGAUGGAAUUGUUUCCUUCACCUCUCGAUACUCUUUCAUCCAUUUCAGGAAAGUUGUGGAAUCGUCGUGGAAGGUUCGUGUAUCGGAUACAUAAACAAGCACGCGAUUUAGCUAGUGCAUGCGUCCCCGUUAUUCUAGAAAAAGAUGCGGCGUGUAACAUCUACCCACAGUGGAUGUUACACCGGACCCAGAGCAAUAUCAUGUCGUCGUCACAUCUCAAUCUUCCUUCUCAAGCUGUCGUCGAACCAUCCUUCAACUCCGCGGCGUGA